AUGGAUGUAGAUCCAGAACUACGAACUUGUACCUCUUCAAUGCCUACUGUAAUGUUGUCAUCUGAUUCCAUUCUUCUUAUAUUUAUCCGCUAUCUUCAAUUAAUGAAAUUUAUUCCAUGGUCAUCACCCAAGUCUAUUUGCGAAAAGUUGAUUGAAAUACCUAAACACAAUGAAAUAGAUAGUUCAUCCCAAAUUACUUUCAAAAGCAAUAGGUCUAAAAACAAACAUGAAAAACUAUCCACUAAACCUGGCUUAUGUGGUUUAAUCAACAUUGGUAAUACAUGUUUUAUGAAUAGUGCUAUUCAAUGUUUAAGCAAUAUACCUCAACUAACUGAAUGGGCUAAAAAACAACAAUUAUCAAAUCAUGAAGCAACCGUUACUCAAGCCUAUACUUCAUUGAUUAAAUCAAUAUGGUCAGGUGAAAACGCAUCUUUCACUCCUUAUGAUAUCAAAAAUCGUGUUAGUCAACAUGCUCCAAUCUUUUCUGAUUAUGCUCAAAAAGAUUCUCAUGAAUUUAUGAAUUCUCUUCUUAAUGCACUUCAUUCUGAGUUCAUAGAAAAUGACCUGUCAAAAGAACAAUCAUCUAUUGUUACCAAUCUUUUUGCUAUUACUACUCAAUCUAGAGUAACUUGUUUACACUGUGAUAUGUCUGAUUCACUUGAAGAGAUAACUUAUUGUCUUCCAUUAUCUCUCGAGAAUGAGUCAACAGUAACUCUUCAAACGUUAUUAAAUGAUUUUUUGAAAGAAGAACAACUUGAUGGUCAAUAUUAUUGUUCAAAUUGUCAAGAUUUUCAAUCAGCCAAACAGAAAACAAGCCUAUGUCAACCAUUACCACCUGUGAUCAUUGUUCAACUUAAACGAUUUACUUAUGAUGAGACAAAUAAUAAACUAAAUACAUUAGUUGAAUAUCCAAUUGAUAAUUGGAAUGUCGAUGGUAGUGAUAAUGCAUUGUAUGAUCUUGUUGCCGUUUCCAUGCAUGUUGGUCAUUUACAAGGAGGACAUUAUACAACAUUUGCUUGUUUAAAUGGUUCAGGUCCAUGGUAUCAUUUUAAUGAUUCGAAUAUUGAACCCAUUCAUGAUACUGAUUGUCUUGUAAAUCGAAAUGCUUAUGUUUUAUUGUAUUUAAAAAAAGAACUAAAUUAA